AUGAUCUUUUUACGAAAGUCCGAGAGAUUCAGAAAAACAAAAACACAGAAAAUUGGAAAUUCCGAUUCCAGUUACGGCUACCUAGAAGCAAGACAUUAAAAAACGCACGUCUCUGAAAAAGAAGACAAAACGCAAAACAAAUAAAAUACGCUUGUUGCAGGCCAGGCAGGCCAAUAAUACUCCGAACCCGAACCUCAAUCUUAACGUUAAGACGAUCUGCAGGGUUCCCCAAGUCAUGGACAGAAUGAAAUUCCAAGUUUAUCAAGGCAACCGAAUUUAAGAUUUUGGGGUCAAGAUCUGGCGGAUCUCUGUCCUUGAAUUGCGUUUUAUUAUAGGGCAGAUGGAGGUCGAGGUGUCGCAAUCCAAACCUUCGGCUAGUGGAAAAUUCCGGAGAGGGGAUUCGGCGGAGCAUGAUCGGGUCCGUGUGAAGAGGAAGACCUUGCAGACCGUGCUCGAGCAGUGCCAGAGAGCUCUCGAAUUGCUCAACACUACUAGCGGUGUCGACGACGACGAUAUUGAUUGCGUCGGCGGUGCAAAUGUCGAUGAGGAGCAACGCGGCGGAAGCUCGGGGUCCCUGCCAGGUGAUCGAGAGGCCGAUGAGUUGUGUGAUCUUCUCAAGUCUAAAGUUGAAUGCCCUGACUUCCUUGAAAAGCUAGAGUCUGCACAGGCAUCAGUUCCACAAAAUGUUUCUGAAGAUGGCAGUUCUUGGGAUAUGGUCAAUGAAAAUGAUCUAUGGGAAAGUGAAGGUAUUGAUUCAGAACAAGAAGAUUACGUUCUUGUCAGGCAAGAAGAUAUAGUAGAGGGUAUUGCAGGCUUCAUGGCCGCAUAUAUAUUGUCCCUAAAACAGACUAAGGAUUUGACCCCUAACCAACUCCAGGAUGCUCUUAGCAAGACAUUCUCAGUGAAAAAGAAAAAGGGAAAGCUUCGGAAGGCAUGGGAUGGAAGCAAAGUAAUUUAUAAUGUGGCAUCUUGGGGUGCUACUGCUAUAGGGAUAUACCAAAACCCUGUAAUUCUAAGGGUUGCCACUAAAGCCUUCUGGACUUCCUGUCAUGUAAUAUCAAAGAUUUUAUGAUUUGCUUGUGCGUCAUAGAGAAAGGUUCUGAUGUGGCUGCUGUGUGGUGGGUGUGGUGGUCUGGUGUUCCACAAACUGUGCCAACAUUAAUGUGACAUAUUUCGUGACCACUGAUUGAUUUGUAAUCUUGUAAAUAUCUUCUUUCCUUUCAUUCCCAGAUUGCAAUUCAAAUUAUUUGGAAAAAUCUCAUUGUAAUGGUUUUAGA